UGAGAUACAAGAAAUUCAAUCAUCCGUAUGUCUGACUCUGUUGCAAGUUAUGUUGACCGGUGACCGAAGGAGAGCGCAAUUCAAACAGGCCAAGACAUGUGACGGCCCAUUCCUAACAAGGCAACGCCAAAGCGGGACCUGGACCUCAACUUGGAUCUACCUGAGCACCUCAGCUUGUUCUCCGCACUCCAACUUUCACCUUUCCAGCUCCCCUGUUUCUCGCCCAUCACGCUCGCAUCUGGAUAUAUAGCGCUGUCUCCUAAGAACUCGACCGAACUGCAGACCGCUCACUUCCCGUCUUACGACCUACCCACCACCCGCCGCCAUAAUGUCAAACACACAAUCCCAGGAUACGAAGCAAGAAGCUUCCGAACAGCCCCAACAACAAAAGCCUACCGUUCUAGAGGAAGAUGAUGAAUUCGAGGAUUUCCCUGUUGAUGACUGGCCAGAGAAUGAGACAGAGCAGGCAACCGCGAACGGGAAUAAUGUUCACUUGUGGGAGGAGAGCUGGGAUGACGAUGACGCCGCUGAGGACUUUUCCAAGCAAUUGAAGGAAGAGCUCAAGAAAGUCGACGCCUCCUCUUAAUUCGAUUGCAACUACAGUGACAAUGACUAUGAGAAUAAUAAUCUAAAUAAACCAUACCUUUUCUCGUGUCCAUUACUCGAAAUCCUAUUCCAGUCUACGUACGGGUCCGUCCAUUCACCUUAUAGUUUGUGAACGGGGAACAGAAUUCUAGAGCGAUGCAUGAAAACGACACUUAAACCAUGGAAACCAUCCCACAUUGCAUAUAUAGCCGAGUCUAUCGAGCGGUUCGCUAGAGUUCGGGAGUUGCGAUUUCUCGCUACGCUACCUGCUCCCAAGAUAGUAUAUUCGGUCAAGGAGGUCGUGGAAUAAUCGAUGGUGAUGAUGGUGCAGUCAGUAUAAGGCCUGCAUUUUGGAGCCUAGUUUAUUGCACGAGAUAUCUCUGAUCUUCUUACUGAAUUUACAGGCAUGUUCAUAUUCCAAAUCUAAUUAUAAACCGACAAUGCCGUAUCACCGUUAUAGUCUAGGUCCCGUAG